AUGGCCACGGCAGCUCCAUCACCCCACGCGGGCUGGGUCUUUAACCAAUCUGGAAUUCGAGUAUCUAACUUGGAAAAGUCCAUCUCUUUCUAUCAAGAAGUUCUGGGCUUAAGCCUCCUUCAAAAAGUACAAGCUGAUACAUUCACCAUUGCCUUUAUGGGUUAUGUUCCUGGAGGAGUGGACAACCCUGGCCUGGAACUUGAUCGUGAAGGAAUAGUAGAGCUGAUAUGGUCUGAGACGUCUGGCCCGUUGAUAACGAAUUCGAAGACUCACGAUGGAUUCGGAUUCAUUAAGCUCAUGUUCACAGUCCCAGACAUCAUGUCCGCCAUGGAGCAUAUGAAAAAGUUUGGAGUGAAGGUGUUGAAGUAUCCCGGUACCACAGAUGAAGCUAGCCUCGAUGUCGUGGCUAGGGCAAUUGGUGCUGAGCCUUCUGGGAAAGGCCGUAAUCAAGGUUUCUGGCACUUUGUAGGGCCGAUCGCUUUUGUGGAAGAUCCGGAUGGAUAUUAUAUUGAACUAAUGCAGCAAGAUCACGCAAAGAAUAGCCUGCCCAAAAUGCGAAAUGAAAAUCUAGCUUAG